AUGGGUCGGCACCAGGAUAGUAAGGAGAGCGUUGUGGGCGCCGUGGUUGCUUCCCUGCCACUUGGAGGCGACGCGAUGAUGGAAUUCAACAUUGCUAAUGAGUUUCUGACUGGGCUGGUUGGGGCAGGAAGGGCUACACUACUGAGCUCAUUCCGGGCUGCCUCAAAGAGGCAGAAAAAAAAAGCUCUUGGAUUCAAGGGCUUCGGAGGAACUGGCAGAGGAAGACUUCACAGCCCAAUGGCGCAAUUUAGUCAACAGCUGCAGGGCUCCUAA